UAUUUUAUUUUGUUUUUCCAGCACAAAGCCCUGUACGUUGCUUCCGACGAGAGCGUCCGACAGAUAUACUUGUCAAUGUGCACUCACCGGUACGACAGCUGCUUGCGGUGCGUCCACGACCCGUAUUGCGGAUGGGACAAACAGUCCAAGACCUGCAAACCCUACCAGCCAGGGCUCCUGCAGGACGUGACCAACUCGUCGCGAAGCGUGUGCGAAAGCUCGGUGGUCAACAAGAGGCUGACCGUGACGUUCGGCCAGAGCGUGCACCUCAGCUGUUUCGUGAAAAUGCCGCAAGUGCUAAAGGUAUACCCGGUCACCUGGUACCACCACAGCAAGGAAAAGGGACGGUACAUGGUCUCGUUCAGCCGAGUGGAAAAAUAUAUUGCGACCGUCGAAGGUGGCAUGGUGAUCGUCGGAGCAUCGGAAGAGGACGGCGGCCGAUACGACUGUCAGCUGGCCGGCGCCCUGUUGUGCACGUUCAACUUGACGGUGGACGCGCAUCGGUGUUCGCCACCGGCCCGGUCGUCUGACUACCAUCGGGUGUACUCGGACUGGUGCCACGAGUUCCAGAAGUAUAAGAGCGCGAUGAAAUCUUGGGAGAAAAAACAAGCUCAAUGCAGUAGCUCAAGACAAAACGAGACCGCGAUUGCCCAGGGUCUCCUGUCAAACGAAUUAAACGCAAGCCCGGCCCUAUAAGGAGGAUACUAUACACGAGAAUAUACGAGGUGCAAGCAACCGUCGCCACUACCACCACAGCCACCACAAACACCAUCCCCAUCCCAUGUUCACGCUAUAAUAUAUAUAUAUAUAUAUAUAUGUAUAUUGUAUUAUAAUAUGCGUUAAUGUUAUGAUAAUAUACCGUCAUCGUCGUGUCAGUCGUUCCACCGCCGCGGAAAAAUAAGUAAAAAAAUGUAAUAACAAUAUAUAAUAUAUAUUGAAUGAGGUAAAAGCGCCAUCAUAAAUAGUCGUCGUCGUCGUCGUCGUCGUCAUAGUCGUUAAGUAUAAUAUAGUAUAAGAGGAUUUUUUUUUUUAAUUUUAAUGCAGAUUCACGUAUAUAAUAUAUAAUAUACACCUGUAGGUAUAUAGGUGUUUGUACCUAAAAUACGUAAUACAUGGAAUGUAUGUACUCGUGUAUACGUAUAUAUAUUGUAUAUAAUGAUAUGUAUAAUGUAUAUUGUGUACUUUGUAUAUUAAUAAUUAGAAUUUAAUGUACAGACUGCCUAUAUAAGCUUUAAACUAUAACCGCGACGAGCGACGGCCGAUAUUAUACUAUACCUUUUUUUUUAACGAUAUAUACAUAUUUUAUCUACAAUCUUCUGUGAUAAUGUAGCUGUUAGGUUUUUUUUUAAUAAAUAUAUGGAAAUAAUAUGUUAUUAUACUACCCAAUUAGGCAUAAUAUUUUAUAAUAUGAUAGAGUGAGCUUCAUAUUAUUUUUUCCGUUUUAUUUUUUUACAAUUUUUUUUCAAUUUUUUUGCGUGGCUCUUUAUUAUUAUACAUAUAACAGUAAAGUUAUGGUGCUUCGUUAUAGCAAUACACGGUCGUGACGUUAUAAACAUAACACUAUUUUCAUUAUAGUGUGUAGGACCUAUAUCAUGAUUACAUUUUUGUAUUAUUUUGUAUUAUUUUAUUACUAUUAUUAUUAUUAUUAUUAUUAUUAUUAUUAUUAUGAUUAUUAUUACGACUAUUAUUAUUAUUAUGUAUUUAUUUUGACAAUAAGACUCGGUUAUCACUAAGUAUAUUAUUAUUACCUCCCCCCACACUCUUAGCGUAAUACAAUCAACUUUGUAUUUUUUAGUUAUAUUAGUUUGUUAAAAUUAUCUCUGUUCGCUUAAUUAAAUAAUGUACUUAAAUUAUAUUUAUUUGUAUAAAUUAUUAUUGUUUCCGAUGCGAUUAGAGCCUUAAGCGAGCUCAAUAUAUUUUUUAAAAUAAGGUUUAAAAAAAAAAUUACAGUUAGCACAGUACAUAAUUCCAACAAAAAUUGUAUACCUACACUGCGUAGCGUCUAGACCUAGCCAACAGUAACGCUUAGGCACUAUCCCGGCGCUAAAUUUAUUAAAUAAUUAUAUGAAAACAAAAAACAAAAAAAAAA